AUGCAUUGGACGUGUUCGUCACCAAACGUUAAGUAUGUUCAAGCCGCAGCUGUCGCGGCUCUGAGUGUCGAGUUUGUCGUACACCCCUUCGACACCCUUAUCACAAGAAUUCAGUCUCCGGAGUACACACCUAAGUACAGAAGCCAUGAGGGCAAACUCCAGCCAGCUCUAUUUCGCGGUCUUUACCGUGGUAUAGCUCCGACCGUAAUCACAACGAUACCAGCUUCUGUCACAUUCUUCGGCAUCUAUGAAAAAGCAAAAGCUACUUUGCAGCCAAAGGAAGGCCUCAAGCCGGGUAGCCUGUCUCAAACUGCUGUACAUGCUGCGAGUAGUGCGCUCGCAGACAUGGUUGCUUGUGCUAUCAUCAAUCCUUCUGAAGUUCUCAAACAGAAUGCCCAAGUCUCCAGAUUCUCUGAAGGUGGUGGCCAACGGUUCCCGGUCCUGUCAGCUUUGAAGCACUUUGUUCGACAUCCCUUGAAACUAUGGACAGGCUACACGGUCCUAGUGGCAGGUAACCUUCCACGGACUAGUCUCACAUUUUCAAUAUAUGAAUACCUCAAAGCUAGAUGGCUUCGACGGUUCGGAAGCAAUCCGAGCAUUUCCGAGCAGGUUAAAGUCAGCGGAAUCACAGCCGGAAUCGGUGGUUCUAUUGCAUCCCUGCUCUUUGUCCCUGUCGAUGUCGUGAAAACAAGGAUGCGUCUCCCAGAAAAGGCCCCUCCCAGUCAUCCGUUGCAACCAGAGGCACUGUUCACUUCAGCAUUGAGUCGGAACAAGGCUCGGAAGCCUUCAGCACGCGGUCCUUUUUCGAUUGCGAAAGGUAUCCUGCGGCCGCUUAACCCUGUCGAAUUCAGUUCAAUGUCACUUUGUUCCUUCUUCACGAAGGUAUCUACUCUAGUCAGAAUCAUUCACUUCAUGCCACCAAGUGUUGGACAAGACGUUUAA